UGACCCUUUGUUUAUAUAUUUUGACAGUUGUAUUAUGUUUGUUUAAAAUUUGUUAAAAACUUUAUUUAAAAAAAUAGAAACAGAUAGAAAAUAGUGAUAAUCAUUAUGAAUCGUAAUUAUCGAGCCCAGGGGAGAAGUACAGCUCAUAUUUUACAGUUAUUCAAUAAAAAAGAAAAUAAAUAUGAAGCUGAUGAAGUAAAAUCUUCAGAUUCUCAAGAAAGUUCGCAGAGUACUUCAUCACAAAAAAAUCUAACAGAAAAUGAUAAAAGUAAUGAUUUAAUUGUUUAUAACGUUCUUAUUGGGAAAAAAUCUAAUAAGAAACAUAAAACAUGGGAUGAGGAUGGAAUUUUGGAAGUUAGUGGAAAUAAAGCCGUAUUGAAGGAUCCAGAUGGAAAAUUUUUGGGAAAAUUAUCUGUAACCACAGAAAAUGCCAUUGAAGGUUCAAUAUUGUCAAUGGGUGGAAAAGAAAUACAAAUUAUUGACAAAGUCAUCUCCCAAUUGAAUAAUCCAAAGCAAUUUGAGAAGAAGGAUGAAAUUUUAGAACCACCUUUAAAAAAAUUGAAAACAAAUAAUAAAUUCAUUCCACUCAAUAAAACAGGCAAAGGUCUUGGUGGUAUAUUACAAAAUUAUGAACCUCUAAUAAUGCCACGUCCAAAUGAGGAAUUAAAUUGGACCGAUGAAAAUAUUCAAAUUCGUGAUGUAUCACUUGAUGCUUGUUUAGCAAUAGUAUUGAGACCACAUCAACGUUUUGGUCUUGUAUUUUUAUAUAAAUGUAUUAUGGGUAUGAAUGAUGCAAAUUAUUUUGGUUCAAUUUUAGCUGAUGAAAUGGGUCUUGGUAAAACAUUACAAUGCGUUGCUUUAACAUGGACUCUAUUAAAACAAGGUCCUUAUGGAAAGCCAAUAUUAAAACGUGUUCUAAUUGUUGCUCCAAGUAGUUUAUGUGGAAAUUGGAAUAAUGAAUUUAUUCGUUGGCUGGGUAUACAUAGAAUUUCUCCAUUUGUCAUCGAGGGUAAAAAGAAACCAAAAGAUUUUUUAAAAUCCCCAAGAGCAUCAGUGAUGAUAAUUAGUUAUGAAAUGUUUGUUAGAAAUUUUCAAGAAGUCAAUGAAAUUGGCUUUGAUUUAUUAAUAUGCGAUGAAGGACAUCGUCUCAAGAAUAGUGAAUUAAAAUCAUUGAAGUUACUAAAUCAAUUAACCUGCCGUCGAAGAAUUCUUCUAACUGGAACACCGGUUCAAAAUGAUUUACAAGAACUUUAUACACUUGUUGAUUUUGUAAAUCCAGAUAUUCUCGAUACUAGUAAUUUUUUUCGAAAACAUUACGAAAAUCCAAUAGUUGCAUCACAAAAACCCGACGCCUCCGAUGAGGUAAUUACUUUGGGUCAGGAAAGAGCUGAGGAACUUCAUGAAAAAACAAAAACUUUUAUUCUACGUAGAACAAAUGAUUUAAUCAAUAAAUAUUUACCAACAAAACAUGAAUUGGUGAUAUUUUGUCGAUUAACAUCAGAACAAAAAGAUGUUUAUACAGCUGUAACUGAUCUUUUAAUUGAGAAAGAAAUAUUAAAAACAAAUGUCAUGCCAUUGGCAAUAAUAACGGCAUUGAAAAAAAUAUGUAAUCAUCCAAAUUUAUUUUUAAUUGAAAAAAGUAAUUUAAUCGACGAAUUGAAAUCAAGUGAUUUUUUCAUUAAGAAAAAAUCCUAUGAAUCAUUUGAUUAUUCAGUGAAAAUGAAUGUUGUUCGUGCAUUAUUGAGAGAAUUGAAAAAUACAUCGGAAAAUUUAGUACUCGCUUCAUAUUUCACAAAAACACUUGAUUUACUCGAGAAACUUUGUAAUUUAGAAGGUUUAUCCUUUUGUCGUUUAGAUGGUAGUACGGCAACUAGUGGAAGAACAAAAAUAGUCGAUAAAUUUAAUUCAAAAGGAAAUAUGACACGUGUUUUUCUAUUAAGUGCAAAAGCCGGCGGUGUUGGUUUAAAUUUGAUAGGAGCGUCACGAUUAAUUUUAUUCGAUUCCGAUUGGAAUCCAGCGUCAGACGCUCAGACAAUGGCAAGAAUUUGGCGUGAUGGACAAAAGAAAUCUGUUUAUAUUUAUAGACUUUUAACAACUGGUACAAUAGAGGAAAAAAUUUAUCAAAGACAAAUAAGUAAAACUAGUCUCAGUGAAGCUGUCGUCGAUGCAAAUCAUUUUGCAUCUUUAAAAUUAUCAACAAGUGAAUUGAAGGAUUUGUUUACAUUAACUACAGACACUUAUUCUUUGACUCAUGAUUUAAUGGAUUGUUCAUGUGAUAAAGAUGUUGAAAAUGAAGACAAAGAAAAUGAUAUUGAUCUUGAUGAUUCUCGUGUUUGUCAAUUGGACAUACAAACAAAUCCUGAGCAACCAAUAACAAUUAAUCAACUUCUUCGUUGGAAACAUUAUAAUCAUCCAGUUUCCAAAGAGCUUCUCAAGGAAUUAUUCUUGGAUCGAGUCUCAGAGUUUAUAACAUUUAUUUUUCAAAAUUCGAGUACUGAAAAAUAAUUUUUUUAUUUAAUUAUUACGAAUUGUAAAAUUUGUUUUUUUUUUUGUUAUUUAGUUAAACUUGGAUAAUUAUUUUCUAAUUGUUCAAGUACAAAAAUGACGUUUAAAAUUUAUAAAACUUUUUUAAGGAAUAAGAUAAUUUAAAAAUAA